AUGGCAUCGUCAGAUAAAACAAUUCAAAUGUCUACAAAACCAAAUGCAUUAUUAGAUAAAUUUAAUGCUGAAUGUACUAAUUAUUUACAGUCGGAAUUAAAUAUUCGACUAUUAUCUUCAUCAUCAUCGAUGACGAAUAAAUCAGUAGCAUUUGAGCAUUAUUUAGCUGAAUACCAACAAUGUAUAGAUGAACAAAUAAAUUUUGUUAAUUAUACCAAUGAACAAAUAGCUUUAUUAGAUGCUUUAAAAUCAUAUGAAAUAAUGAUCGAUAAAUUUCUUGAACGUUUAAAAUCAACACAUGAAUAUGAAUUAAAACAGAAUGAAGUAUUUGAACAAAUUUUACAUGAAUUAACUAAAAUAAAUCCGUCAAGCAAAGACGAACGUAUUCGACUUAUAGAACAAAUCGAUGAACUUAUUGCCUAUAAAGCGAAAAUAAUAGAUCAUACUGCUGAUAAUAAAUCAACAACGAAUAAACUUAUUGCAAAAUCAAGCGAUACAUUCAAAAAUAUUUUAUGA